ACAUGAGAGGGAAACCAGCACGUACUGUAAGCAAACCAAGCAGCACAGGUUAAGGUUAUGAGUCUGUCAGGAGAGAAGAAGCCCUGCUGAGAGAGAAUGAACAUUUGUAAUCGAGAGGGAGGUCGCUGCGCAGAGAUGGCUAUGGUAUGCCUGACAGAUUUUGAGGAGUAUGCUAAGGAGCAUCUCUCAAAGGCCACCUGGGAUUAUUACGCAGCUGGAGCAGACGAAUGCUGCACCAGGGACGACAAUCUACUGGCUUACAAAAGGAUCCGUCUGAGGCCUCGUAUCCUGCGGGACGUGUCAGUGAGCGACACACGGACGACAGUGCAGGGGACAGAAAUCAGCUUUCCGGUCGGUAUCGCACCUACUGCCUUUCAUUGCCUGGCCUGGCAUGAAGGAGAGAUGGCCACAGCUCGGGCCACAGAGGCACUCAACACCUGCUACAUCACCAGCACCUACUCUACUUGCUCAGUGGAGGAGAUUGUGGCGGCAGCACCAAAUGGUUACCGCUGGUUCCAGCUUUACGUGUACCGGGACCGCAAGGUGUCAGAACAAAUCGUGCACCGUGUAGAGGCGCUGGGCUACAAGGCCCUGGUCCUCACUGUUGACGUGCCGUACACCGGCAAGCGCCGUGACGACAUCCGCAACCAGUUCAAGCUACCACCUCACCUCAAGGUCAAGAACUUUGAUGGAGUGUUCCAGGAGACUGCAGGCCCAGAAGAGUACGGCAUCCCGGCAAACACCUUGGACCCUUCCAUCAGCUGGAAAGACGUGUACUGGCUGCAGUCCAUCACCCGCCUGCCUGUUAUCAUCAAGGGCAUCCUGACCAAGGAGGACGCUGAGCUGGCCGUGGAGCAUGGUGUCCAGGGUAUCAUUGUCUCAAACCAUGGGGGUAGACAGCUGGACGGAGGCCCAGCUUCGAUAGAUGCGCUGUCUGAGAUCGUGGACACGGUGCAGGGCAGGAUCGAGGUCUAUCUGGACGGAGGCAUCAGGACAGGAAGCGAUGUGUUGAAAGCGCUGGCCUUGGGGGCCAAGUGUGUUUUCAUUGGCCGUCCAGCAGUGUGGGGCCUUGCAUACAAGGGUGAGGAAGGAGUGAGGGAAGUCCUGCAAAUCUUGAACGAUGAGUUCCGUCUGUCCAUGGCUUUGUCGGGUUGCAGGAACGUGGCUGAAAUCAACAGGAACCUCAUUCAGUUCUCUAAACUCUAACUUGCCAGCAGAGGGCAGCACUGAGGACAAGGACAGCACCCACUGAACAGGACUCGCUACUGAAUCACACCAGAAGUGUGGAACAAGGGCCAGAGACUGCACCAUGACAAACUGAAUGAUGUUCACCUCGGAACUAAGGUCUUUGUCAUGUCAGGCAAACACAACACAAAUGCAAGCAGCUUCCAUAAUUUUGGAAAUGACUUGUGUCUAACAUCCAAUAUGUUUUCAUACCGGAGUGUACAAGUGAGAGUGUGUCUUGGGAAAGCUGAGGGUCGGCGGCAGAUUUAGCAAGUGAAUAAUGAAAGGGUUUUUGCUUUUGGAAUGGAAGGGAUGGAGGCACUUAUCAUGAAACCAACAAACGUCUUUUCAAAACGUCUGGUUUAACUCUGAUGAAUGCAACAGAUAAUGACAUACACUACGCUUUGAAAUGCUGCCAGUGCUUGUGGUUUAAUAAACACCU